GUUGUCAAAAUCGAGUUUUAAAUCGUAAGAUCUUAAGAUUUUACGAUUUUAGGAAUGGAUUUCGAGUAAAAUCUAUGUUAAAAUCGGAAUCUCAUGAAAUCGGAAGGAAAAAUCGUAAAAUCACAAUUUUAUGGUAAAAUCGUUUGAAAUCUCGAUUUUACUUUCAUGGAAAUUGAAGAAGAAGAAGAGGCUUCCAGAAAUCCAAACACAAAUUUGGUCUCUGAUCUAAGGUGUGAUGAAUCAAGAAAUUGCAUAUGAAACUAGAAGAAACACAAGGCAGAAACCAUCUGUAUCAACAUAGAUAUAAAGAAACUAAAGACUGGUACAGGAACAGAUUCUUAAGAAAGCAAUUUGGGGCAAGCUACGGACCGGUGGCUGUAGUAGUAAACACUGAGUAGCAAGCAACGAAUCACUGAAUAUCAUUCACUUUUAGCAAAUUCAUACAAGUUCAAACACCAAACAUCAGGAAAUUGCAGGAUAUGAAACAAAAACACCCAAGGCAGAAAUUUUGGAGAAAGGCAGAUCCAGAUCUGAAGGAGGGAUCCCACGAUCGAAGAAAAUGGAGAAAGGGGGUUCUGGAUGGGAGAAGAAUCAGGUGAUGACCGGUGAUGUAGGUGGAAGCUAUUGAUCGGAGGAAAAAAUUGAGAAAGAGGUUCUGGAUGGGAGAAGAAUCCAGCCCUUUUUUUUUUUUUUUUGCCGUCUGCAGCCUUUUUUUGGUGUGGCUGCCCCCUUUUAAAGAGAAAGGAGCUUCCCGGCUGCUCAAGCAAGCCGCCUUGUGCUCCCUCCUCCGAUGACCCUUCUGGGUCUGUCGGCUUUUGGGUCCCUUUCCGGUGACCCCUUUUGGUUUUUUUCUGUUUUUCUUGUUGUUUUGUUUUACUUUAUGUUCUUGUGUAGUUUCUUUUUUCAGAUCUGGCGACCCUCGGCUUUAUCUUGUAGAUCUUGGAGGUGCUCGCUGUUUUUCUAGUUCUGGCCACUGCCGGACUGGAUCUCUACCGCGGCGUCCUGGAGAUCUUGCGCCAUCCUCUCUGGAGUAGAUUGAAGGGUGUCCCAUGGCUGGAUUGGUCGACCUCAAGUUGCUCGAGUUAUUUCAUCUCCCUUCCUCCCAUGCACUGGGCCUACUCUGUUUUACUUCUCCAGUUUGUUCUUUUCUUUGGUUGUAACCCUUAUCCUUUUGGAUAAGGACUGGUUGUAGAUGCUGUAUGGUAGUUUCCUAAUGCAUUGCUAAUACCUUUUUUUCUCAAAAAAGAGAAAGAAAAACUAGGGUUUUUU